GCAGUUCUCUUUAAGGCUUUUCAACAUUCAGGAUUGGUCAAGGUGUAGUCAUUCCGCUCCACCACGAUCCGUCCCACCGAUGUUGUAGUGGGGAGGGUGGGGCUAAAUAUGAAAGGGGCGGAAAGUGGGAUCGUUUUCUACCAAGUACUUUCGACUGUGAUCGAAAUUUGCGCACUGGGAUAGAAGACGAAAACUCUGGAAUCCCACGAAAAGAGUCGUUUUCUCGGAAGCAAGUGAACGAGUCCCAGAUUCGGAACAAACGAGGAAGAUCAGUGGAUGGUGUAUAGAAUAUUUUGAUUCCGGAACCCUGGGGAAAAAGUCCAUGCCUCGGAUCCCUGUCCUUGAUAUAGACUCCUUCAUACUAUAGAGAAUGAAGAAAUACAUCAUGUCGUUGUCUCCGGAUUUGAAGAUCCAAAUCUUCACAAACACACAUCGCACUGCUCUUUGAAUCCGAAUCGACUCGACGUGCAGAUGGCUGACGUCGAUGCUACAAUACUUCCCCUCGAAGGGUUCCCUUUGGCAAUUUUCGUAGUAUCUCUUGUCUGCCUUGGUAUUUCGACAAUUACUAUAGCAUUAAGGACAUAUGUUAGGAUUAACGACAAUGCAUUCGGCUGGGACGAUAAGUUGAUAGUUCUGGGACUGAUGGUUUACAUCGUCGAUGUUGCUUUGGCUUGUCAUGGUGCUCGAGUUGGCCUCGGUUCAUAUAACAGCAGACUAAACAGCUACUUUUUGGUACAAGGCACAAAAUACCUCAUGCUAUGGAUGAUGCUAUAUGUCGUAGGUCUGGCAGUCAUCAAAAGCUCGAUUUGCGUGACUCUCUUGCGAAUAGCUAGCGCGCACAAAGUGUACCGGUUGUUUGUCUUGAGCUUGCUCGGCCUCACUAUCGCCACAUUCUUGGUGACAUUAAUUGGAAUUCUGCUUCUAUGUAGACCUGUGGCUGCGAAUUGGGAUACGUCUUUGGUAACGGAAGGAAAAGGAACGUGUUCGGGCAUGGGCACAAUGAUUGCAUUGAGUUAUACCUCGACAGCUUGUACCAUUGUGACAGAUUUGGCUUGCGCAGUAUUCCCUGGUGUAAUGCUGUAUAGGACACAGAUGCCAUUGGGCAGGAAGAUACAAGUGGGCUUGCUUUUGUCGUUCGCUUCUGUUGCCUCAAUAUCGACAAUGAUUCGAGCACCGUACAUUGAACACUAUCGCACCCCCACAGAUAACCUGCUCUACUAUACCGGUUUCAUCGUUCUCCUAUCCAACAUAGAAACAGCCAUUGGUUGUGUGGCAAGCUCAAUCCCUACAGUCGGUCGCUUUUUCAUGCGCAACAGCGCCGUAAAAAAAUCAACUUCUGACGCAGACGGCCCAAAAGAUCUUGUCACUUUUGGUAGCGCACCGAUAAGUGCCCGAAACAAUACCAAAGGUCGAACCUUUCGCAAUCCUACCGACACCGGUACGACAUUCGCUACAGUACACGCACAUGGAGAUGGAGAUUGGAGUAGACUGCACGAUGGAGAUUCCGAUCACAACCCGGAUCUAGAUAAUCAAAAUGGAAUUCGCACAGAUUAUACUUAUCAAGUAGAGCUGUCAAAGUCGCCGAAACAUAACCAGUCGGAAUCUGUCAGGGAGUUGGCCCAUGAUGGAUCUUCGUGUUAGGCAAAGGGAAAUUUCCAUCUCCCAUUCUUCUAUUUUGUUUUUAUACCCAGAUCAUCAAGGCGCAUAUGGCGGGACAUUUUUUAAUUGCAAAAAGUUGGACACUUACUGCAUUGUAUGAUUAAAGAAAUAUUUGACGGCUUCUAUAAUGUUAUAAGGAUUCAUCGUAUUUGUUGCCA